AUGGCUGCUGCGAAUCCAGCAAAAACGCUCCAGGAUGAACUGACCUGUUCCAUCUGUCUGGAGUAUUUUAAAGAUCCGGUGUCUCUAGACUGUGAUCACAAUUUCUGCAGAGCCUGCAUCACCCAGUGCUGGGAGGGAUUGGCUACCAACGUCUCCUGCCCUCAGUGCAGAGUGACUUUUCCCCAGAAGAACCUCAGGCUGAACAGGCAGCUCAGGAAUGUUGUGGAAGCAGCCAGAGAACUCAGGUUGUCCUCAGGGAGGGAACCAGAAACAGAGGGACUGUGUGAGAAACACAAGGAGCCUCUAAAACUGUUCUGCAAAGAGGACGAAAUCCCCAUCUGCCUGGUGUGUGACAGAUCCAAGAAGCACAGAGAUCACACCGUCAUUCCUGCAGAGGAAGCUGCCGAAGAAUUCAAGGAAAAGAUUCAGGCCCAUUUGAAGAUGCUGAGGGAAGAGAGAGAAAAGCUGCUGGGAUUGAAAGUGAGAGAAGAGAAGAGAAGCCUGGAAUAUCUGAAACAAGCACAAACCGAGAGGCAGAAGAUCAUAUCUGAAUUUCAGCAAUUGCGGCAGUUCCUGGAGGAACAAGAGCGACUCUUGCUGGCUCAGCUGGAGAAGCUGGACAAGGAGAUAGUGAAGAUACAGAAUGAAAGUGUCAGUGAAGUAUCUGAGGAAAUUUCCCGUCUUGGUAACCUGAUCAGUGAGAUGGAGGGUAAGUGUCAGAAGCCAGUGACUGAAUUGUUGCAGGAUGUCAGAAGCACUUGGAGCAGAUCUGGGAAGGGGAAGUUCCAGCAGCCAGAGGAGAUUUCUCCUAAGUUAGAAUUAAGACUCAGUGAUUUGUCCCAGAAAACUGUUGCUUUAAUGGAGACUCUCAGGAAGUUCAAAGACACUCUGCCGUCUGCACUAGAGACAAAAAGAGGAGAAUCCCUAGGAACAUUCAGACAGGCGCAUGUGACUCUGGAUCCAGACACGGCUCAUCCCCACCUCGUCCUGUCUGAGGAUCGGAAAAGUGUGAAAUGGGGAGACACACGGCAGAAUCUACCCAACAACGCGGAGAGAUUUGACUGUUGGGCCUGUGUGCUGGGCUGUGAGGGAUUCACCUUGGGGAGACAUUGCUGGAAGGUGGAGGUGGGGGAUGGGGCAGGCUGGGCUGUGGGGGUGGCCAGAGAGUCUGUGGGGAGGAAGGGAUGGAUCAGCCAUCGCCCUGAGGUGGGGAUCUGGACUGUGGAGCUAUGGGAGGGUCAGCUCCGGGCUUUCACCUCCCCUGUGACCCCCCUGCCCCUGAGCAGGGCCCCCAGCAGGAUCCGGGUUUGUCUGGACUGUGACCGGGGGCAGGUGACAUUUAUCGAUGCUGGUGCUGAGGCCCCGAUCUUCACUUUCCCGCCGGGCUCCAUCCCUGGGGAGAGAAUCCGACCCUGGCUCUGGGUUUGGCUGGGAUCCGGGCUCAGCCUGUGUCCCUGAGCAGGGCCGGGCAGGAAUAUCUCAUUGGGGAACCAGACAUCAGCCUUUUUAACCUC